AAGUUCUGCUCAACUAUAAAUAUAGUUGAAGUUUGCUGCAGUUCACAGAACGGUGUGUUAGAUUUGUUUAUGAUGGCCAGGACAUUUUAUGCUGCCCUGCUAAUUUUCCUUGUUUUUGCAGUGAUAGCUGCAGAGUUUUCCCAGGCAUUCUCUCAUGAUGAACGGAUCUUGCUCCAAACAAGGAGGAAGCACAAGCACACUGGAUUCAAGCAAGGAGAGUGUCCAGGAGCAUGUUCAUACAGGUGCUCAAAGACUCAACACCGAAAGCCAUGCAUGUUCUUCUGCCAGAAGUGCUGCUUCAAGUGUAGAUGUGUUCCUCCAGGAACCUAUGGCCACAAAGAGGUCUGCCCCUGCUACAACAAUUGGAAAACCCAAGAAGGAAAACCCAAGUGUCCCUAGUUAAAUAUGAUAUGUUUUUCUUCUACUGUAAUAAGUAGGACUGGCAAGAACUUGGGUUCUAGCAAAUGUACCUGCUCUUUCAUUGUUUUCCUGUUAUUGUUAUUGGAUCUGAUGUGCAAGAUCUGAUCCAAAUUAAACUCUAUUCAAAGAGAAAGAGAUUGAAUGAACAACAUAACUUGGCAUUUACCAC